AUGGCGGACAAAAUCAAAUUCCUCGUUCAGAAACGAACUUCCCUGAAAUCCCAAAUAACCAAUUUAGCCAAUAUCGUCGAAGGGGGGAAAAUUGAUAACGCGACGUUAAGGUGGCGAAACGAGCGUUUAACGCAAUUAUAUCGGACCUUCGAAGGGUGUAACGAUGAACUCGCGGUAUUAGAUCCCAACGCAAAUCAUCGGGUCGAGUUCGAGGGUAUUCAGGAGCGGUUUUAUCGCUUGGCGGGAAAAAUUGAGAGUAUUUUACGUCCGGGAGAUGCGCCGUCGGGAGAUAUGUCCGAAACGAGCGCUAGCGUAUCGAAUGAAGGGGUACGGCGCGAUGACGUCGUACCGCCUGUUGAGAAACGGCGGAUUGAGCCGCCCGAAACACCGUUACCGAAGUUUAAUGGUAGAGUCGAGGAAUGGUUAUCAUUCAAAAAUGCGUUUUGCAGUAUGAUAGGCUCGCGAACGGACCUUGCGGAAAUAGACAAAUUGCAUUACCUUAGAUCGGCGUUAACUGGCGAAGCCGCGAACAAGAGUAGGAUCUUCGAAAUUGACGGAAUUAAUUAUGCCAAGGCCUGGAGCUUAUUAGAACGGUCAUAUGAGGUCAGGAGGAUCUUGAUAUCGCGGCAUCUCUCUCUGCUAUUAAAUUUGCCCGCGCUAGACAAAGAAACAACGAACGGUUUGUCCUGUCUCGCGGACGACGCACAGCAACACGUUGCGUCGCUAAACUCUUUGGGAGUUUCGGUCGGACACGAGAUGAUCGUACCUUUGCUAGAGACCAAGCUACCAAGGAUAACGUUGGAAAAAUGGGAGGCGACGCUCGAAAGAGACGAGUUUCCAGAGAUCGACCAGAUGUACGAGUUCUUAUAUAAAACCGCGGUUUGCGUCUCGAGGCGCGAGAGAGCGAAGGUAACCGACAUGGAGGGAAGCAGGGGAGAACCCUCGAGCAAAAAAAGACGAAGUCGUCCCUCGAAUCGAGCGCGUGUCGUAAGCGCGGCGCGUAAUUGCAUAGCAUGCAAAACGAAACGGCAUCCCUUGUAUUUAUGCGACAAAUUCAAACGAUUACCUAUACCUAAACGUAUCGAAACAGUGAGAAAUGCGAAGAUUUGUUACAAUUGCUUGCGCUCACAUAGAGACAACCCCUGCAAAUUUUCGAACUGUACAAUUUGCCAAAAGAAACAUAACACUCUUCUGCAUUUAGACCAAUACCCGGUGACGAAUCGAACUUCCACUUCUAAGGCCGUAGAUACACAGGCCGCAUGA